AUGGAGGUGUUCGAGAAGGUGUACCAAAAGAAGAAGGACGGCCAGUGGACUGACCCGAGAUCGAAGAAGGUCGCGAUAACUGAAAGUGACAGGACUCAAGGAACAUUUCUAAGGAAGGAUGAUCCAAAGUUGCUUGCUUUGAUGCAACAAGCAGAAUUGCUCAGUUCACUUGCAAUCAAGGUUAAUUCGGAGAAGACAGACCAGAGUCUUGAAAGUGCUUGGCUGACAGUGCAAGAUUUUCUGAAACAAAACAAAGAAAGUGAUCUGCUCACAUGCAGAAAUCCUGAUACUGAUUUUCAAUUUGAGAAGUUCAAAGAAUUGGUGGAGGAUUUAAGAAGCAGCAAUGAAGGCAGUAGACCAUCUUGGAGGGAACCUGAUCUAUAUGAGUCGUCCCCAGCCAGCUCUGAGUACAGUACAGGAUCAACUCAGCUGUCAAAUGUACCAAGUGAUAAAUCAGAAGAAUGUCAAGCUGAAAUUUGUGUGCCACAUCAGAAAACUGGCACGCAAUCAGAUCAAUUAGAUAAUCAGAAGGGUCUUGCUGAGGAACAUGGAAUGUGCCAUACUGCAAACACAAAAAAUGAAGUGAACAUGUUGACAUGUAAUGACAUAAAAGAUGAUAAUGGAGUAGUAUGUGAAUAUUCUAGCACAGAAUUUGGAUCCCCUGUUCACGUGACUCCAAUAUUCAGAGCAUUGGCAGCAACUAUUCCCAGCCCAAAAUUUUCGGAAAGUGAAAAACACUUCCUCAUGAAAACACUAGGAAUGUAGUCAAGUUCCCCAAGCCCAAUCACCAAUCCUUCCCAACCUCCACUUUGCAAGAGGUCCCUCCUCCAUUGUCUGUGACCGGUCUCAUGCCAGUUCAGAAUUUACAGCCAUCAGGAGUUUUCGUAAAGUGUAGAGCUUUUCUUUAUUCUUUUGGGGGUUCUUUGUCCUUGGAUUGCAGCAAUCUUGACCUGAGUUUUUCCAGAAUGGGCCUGCGAAGAUCUGCUUUUGAAUCUAGGGUGCUAUGGAGCAUCCUACUUUUUCUUCCGAAGAUCGACCGCUCCCAGUUCAUCCUCGAGUUUAGUUUCUAAUACUCACCUUGGUUCCUGUGUGCGUUCUUAUGGCGUGUCAUUCUUUUUGUUUGUUUCUUUAUGGAACUUGGAUACGGCUAUCCACUGUUCCAGUAAAGUUUUGGCUAGAUAAGCCAAAUGUACAGA